CAAUAUUUCAAAAGUCAGUUUAAGACGUCACCAAUUCAAAAUUUUAAAAGUAUCGUUAUUUAUUUGUUGACACUUUCAAUAUUCUUUUUGUGAUUUUUACUUGCAUGUCUAGGAAUAAAUUAUUAUUAGGAUUUAAAUAAAUGGAUACAAUAGAUAUAGAAGUGGCUCUAGCGAGCAAGAGUGUUGUUAUGUCAGAGAAUUGCUUGACUGCUCUAGUUGAAAAGUACUUGUUAGCAAGAAAAAUUAGGCCCAACACAAUAAUAACUGAAUUUGAUUAUGAAGAAGGUUCCUCUAGUUCUCUCAAGACUCUGGUACAUUAUGUAUCAAUUGGUAAUACAAAUGAGAACAGUCCAUUUAUAGAUCUACAUUCAUACAAAAUAAACUGGAACAUCUUUAUGCUGCAAAAUGAAAAAUCCACAAUUUAUGAUGAAAGUGAUCAGGGGGGAGAGGAAAUUGUAUUGGCAACACACCUAACUUUGCCUUCCAAAGAACUGUUUUCUUUAUGGGAAAACUUGUACUAUGAUAGUAAUAUUAAGGAUGAUCUUUUAAGGUAUGCAAGAACCAUGAUGACUUUCGCAAAUAAAACUAUAAACCCAAAUAUAGUUUGUUGUAAUAAGGUAAUUUUGCUGCAUGGUCCACCAGGCACUGGAAAAACUUCCCUCUGUAAAGCCCUGGCACAAAAAUUAACUAUUACUAUGAAAGAUUUGUUUUCCAGUGGCCUGUUGGUGGAGAUUAAUAGUCACAGUUUAUUUUCAAGAUAUUUUUCUGAGAGCGGCAAACUGGUGACAAAAAUGUUUACAAAAAUCAAGGAAAUGUGUCAAAAUGAGAAAACCUUGAUAUGUGUCUUGAUGGACGAAGUUGAAUCUUUGGCCCACGCUAGAAGCCUUUGCAGUGAUAAUGAACCGUCUGACUCUAUAAGGGUAGUAAACUCUAUAUUAACACAAAUAGACCAAAUAAAACUUAUGCCAAAUGUGCUGAUAUUUGCCACUUCCAAUAUGACUGAAACCAUUGAUGUGGCAUUUGUAGAUAGGGCUGAUAUAAAGCAGUUUUUAGGACUGCCAAGUAUGAUUGCAAUAUAUAAAAUUUACUAUUCAUGCCUUAUGGAACUGAUUAGGGCCAAAAUUAUAAAUUGUGAUCCAAAUUCUUUAGACACACCAGAUAUGAUUGCCAGAGGAGUGGAUUUAUCCAAUAAUACCCAUGAGUACAGUAAAAGGCUUAUGGAAAUUUGCCAUCAAAGUUCUGGUUUCAGUGGAAGAACUUUGAGGAAAAUUCCAUUUUUGGCUCAUGCACUUUAUGUGAGAAGUGAGAAUCUUCCUGUGAGAAUGGAUACCUUUUUGAAUUCCAUGGAGGCUGCUGUAGAGAGGGAACAUAAAGAUAAGAAGUUGAUCACUAUUAAACCUGAAAAACACAAUACAGUUUCAGGGAACAAGUUCUCUUAAGUUUAAAUUUUUUUGAUUUUCUGAAGUGUAAUUGUGGCAAUUCUAUUAAUGUAAUAUAGGUAAUUUUUUAAAAA